AUGUCUAGCUACCAGAAGUAUCUUUCUGGCGCCGUCCUUUUGGCCGCCUUGGGAGGAGUUCAUGCGAAGCUGGACCUGGACUCAUCGAACAAUGUUGCGAUCUACUGGGGUCAGAAUUCCUUGCAAGGAAAAGGUGGAGACCAACAGAAGCCUUUGGCUCACUAUUGUGAGAACGAUGACAUUGAUGUCAUCCCAAUAGCAUUUGAUAUGAUGGUCAAUGGACCGGGUGGUGCCCCUGAAGUCGACUUCUCCGUCACCAGUCAAGAGUGCGACGUAUUCGAGGGAACGCAACUGAAGAACUGCCCGCAGAUCGGCGACGACAUUGAGACAUGUCAACAGAAGGGUAAGACCAUCUUGUUGUCAAUUGGUGGCGCAACCUACAGCGAGGGCGGAUUCAAGUCCGAAGACGAUGCCAAAGCCGGUGCUAAGCUGAUGUGGGAGACCUUCGGCCCCGUGCAAGAAGGCUCCAAGGCCUUGCGUCCUUUUGGUAAUGCCAGCUUGGACGGAUUCGACUUCGAUUUUGAGGCCAAUGUGUUGCAUAUGGCUCCGUUUGCCAACGAGCUUCGCGCCCUGAUGGACACGGACGAUAGCAAACAGUACUUCCUGACUGCUGCUCCUCAGUGCCCGUAUCCGGAUCAGUCUGAUAAGGACAUUCUCAACGGACCCGUCCCCAUUGAUGCGGUCUGGGUCCAGUUCUACAACAACUAUUGUGGCGUGAACAACUUCGACACUGACUCUAAGAACUCGAAGUAUAACUUCGAGGAAUGGGACAACUGGGCCAAGACGGUGUCCCAGAACAAGAACGUCAAGGUCUUGGUCGGCGUCCCGGCCGACACUACUGCCGCCAGCACCGGUUACAUCCCGGCGUCAAAGCUGGCCCAGGUAAUCGAGUACUCGAAGAAGUUCGAAAGCUUCGGCGGCGUGAUGAUGUGGGAUGUCACGCAGGCAUAUGCGAACCAGGGGUUCCUAGACAGUGUGCGCAAGGCGUUGGGUGGUCCAAACUCCGGUUCGUCGCCGUCCACCAACGCGGCGUCGACCGCGUCGUCUGCACCUUCGUCCACUAACUCACCGAAUACCUCGCUCUCUUCCAAUGCACCCGUCUCCUCGUCCUCCUCUUCCUCAUCCUCUGGAUCUGCCUCAUCGUCCAGUGGUCAUAAGCAUUCCACCGCCACUGCACCUGCGCCCAAGCCCACCACGACACACACGACACACACGACACACACGACACACACGACACACUCGACACACACGACCACCUCCUCAUCCACCACUUCGGCACCGACGGCUCACCCAUCGCCUAAGCCUCCCUCGCCCGAUGAAGAUACCACUAAUGCCGCCGAUAAACCCCCGACUCAUGAUGACUCGUCAAGUGCCGAUACUGGCUCUCACGAUGCCAAUGGUGUCAACCAUGAGGACACCCCGAACCAAGACGACUCCAAGGGCCCGCUCGAGCUCCUUGGCCAGGACCUCUUUGGCCUCCUUGCUGGUCUGCGAAAAGCGAACAAGGUCACGACCGGCGUCACCCACGGUCUGACUCAAAAUCUCCGCCAUGCUCAUCGCAUCCGCUCUUAA